AUGGAGGAACUGACGGUGGAGGUUCGUGGAUCCAACAGAGCUUAUUUUAAGGGAUUUGUCAAAGAUGUCCAUGAUGAUUCACUCACUAUUGCCUUUGAGAACAAUUGGCAACCUGAGAGACAAGUUCCCUUUAGUGAUGUGCGGAUGCCACCUCCAGCCGACGGUAAAAAGGACAUCGGGGAGGGAGAAGAGGUGGAGAUCUUCUCCCGGGCCAAUGAGCAGGAGCCAUGUGGCUGGUGGCUUGCCAAAGUGCGCAUGAUGAAGGGAGAUUUCUAUGUGAUCGAGUAUGCUGCCUGUGACGCCACGUACAAUGAAAUAGUCACCUUUGAACGUCUCCGGCCUGUGAAUGUCAACAAGGGGGUGUCAAAGAGCUCCUUCUUCAAAUGCACAGUCCCCGUUCCUGAUGAUCUCAAAGCAGCGUGCGAAAGUGAACAAGCGCAUAAAGAUUUCAAAAAGGCAGUGGGAGCUUGUCGGAUUGUCUACUGUCCAGAUUCAAGCACAAACUCUGAGCAAUCCAAUGCCUCUGAGACUGACUCUGAGCGGAAGGAUGAGCUGAGUGACUGGUCCCUGUUGGGAGAGGAACCUGAGAGGGGUACCUGGCCACAGAGAGACAGCAGGAGGAGAGCUGGUCCAGGGAGGGGGAGAGGAGAGCCCAGUGGCAGGGGUCGAGGAGCAGGGAGAGGAGCCACCAACACCGCUCUAAAGGAUCCUGAUGGCAACCCAUACAGUGUGCUUGACAACACAGAAACAGACCAGACGGCCGACACUGAUGCAAGCGACUCCAACUUCAACACAAACUGCCGCCGCUGCUCCCGCCGGGCUGCUGAGGACACAACAGCCAUUGAAGGCAUGAGCGAUUCGGACAACGCUUCCCUCUGUGAUGCAGGACUUACCAAGGCCAUUCUCACUAUGUCCUCGCAGUGAUAACCUGAUUUAAGGACGGUCAUCAACAGCAUUUAAACAUUUGUGUUGUGCCUUUUACCAUCUCAAUCAGUACCAUCCACAAACUCCUUCAAUCCCUCCGGAUAGAAGUGUCUGAGUAAAAGUAACAAGCCCUGGGAGCCAAUCGGAUUCAACAAACAUACUCCCGUAAGCAUUAGAAAAUACAAUUAUUUAAUGUUACAGAAGACGGUGGACAAUUCAUCAGAGACCAAAAAGGAUAGAAUCACACACAUUGACACCAGUGCCAAGUCCAUCCUCAUGAAAUCCGCUCUCACAGAGGCCUCUGCACGAACUCUCCCCCGAAUAGAUGACAGUAUGAAAACGGAUGCACUCACUAACUGUAUGUCGCUCUGGAUAAGAGCGUCUGCUAAAUGACUAAAAUGUAAAAUGAUUCAAAAGCUAAACAACAGCGGCAUUACCGUAGCAGUAGACCUCGUGUCCGCCCACCAGAGGAAAAGCAACCUGGUAACCAGUGGUGAACGGGCCUGUAGUUUGUUUACCAAAACCAGCAUGACUGAGUGUGCUUAACAUUUGCCCUGGCUAUCAGUAAAGUCUGUGCUUCAACCAGUAACCAUCGAUUUGCUCUGGAGAGCCUCUGCAAUUUCUCAAUUUGAAGCUGAAUAGAUACCUAGGAAAGGCCACCAAGAAGUCCCAUUUGUUUUUAAAUGUUCCCACUCCAAUUCACUAACAUGUCAGCUACUGGUUGACUACUGUUUAUUUGUUUAGAUUUGAUGCUUGCCUGUAUUUCUCAGAAUUUAACAGAAUGUAAGCUAUUUUUCAUUAGCUAUGAUGAUGAUCUAGUUUAAUUCAUUACCAAUGCAAGUGGUUCUAACAUUCUUUGUUUUGCAGUUACAGUGGCAGAUUACAUGUCCCAGGCUGAAUCACAAAGCAGACAGAUGAACCAAAAAAUAACUGGUAAAUUUGGAAAAAUGCUACAAAUCCAACUUUAGGGCCUGUAUGUAUCAAGCAUCUCAGAGUAAGAGUGCUGAUCUAGGAUCAGGUCUCCCAUCUUAUUCAAUGUGAUGUCAAAUGCAAAUCAGCACACCUAAUCUGAGACGCUUGAUACAUACAAGCUGGCUGAAACAAGUGAUGGGGAGAAAGAAACAUGGUAGUGUACAGAAACCUGCAAUUGACGUACUUCAGGGGCAUGGCACAUGGAAGCUACAGUAUGUGAAAUCGCCACUAGGCUGGUUUCAAUUUCUAGCAUUGUAUCAAAACAGUCAUGUUUAGUGUAUCUAUUUGGUACAUGAAGUAUUUGUAUUUAUUAUGAAUCCCCAUUGGCAGAAGCUACUCUUCCUGGGGUCCAGCAAAAUUAAGAAAGUUAGACAUUUUUAAAAACAUAAUACAUUCACAACAGAUUUCACAACAUUAAGUGUCAAGCUUCUGUAACAAUUUCUACUUGGCUGUGUCCUGCAGGGGCAUGUUGAGUGUAUUGCAGAGCACAGCCUCUCCACAUCAGCCAAGACAAGCAAUGGCCCCAGCAAUGGAAGAGGUGACGAACCAGGCAGGGCUUCCACAGAAAGGGCUGCCAAAGUCUGUUACCAAGGGAAAUGUGACUAGCAGCCUGUCCUGAAUAGUGUCUCCUAAUCUAUGGACCCAUUAUAAAACUCAUUAAUUGUACUACAUUCGUACAAUAGUUAUUGUACAAGCUUGCCAAAGAUGGACAUAUGGACUUCUAGAUUCUCUACUGCACUUUUCAGUUCCCUAACCAGGCGGAACAGUGGGGGAGAUUUAGCACUGAACCGAGACAUAAAAAAGUAUGUUUCAAGUACAUGAUCAGAUGUUGUGCCUUGAUAGUAGAUUUAACAUUGCCUGGCUGUAGUAAAAGUUUUGUCAAUGAUGACAAAGGUGGGAAGAAUCCAGUUAUCCUAAUAUUUGUUGAGGAGCUUUGGCUGCUUUUUUUGUAAACAUUUUAAUAUGCAACCUUCAGAUGAGGAAAACUAGGAAAUGCAGUCGAAGAGGGAAAAAAAAAAAAAUUGUGUUGCACUGAAUUGAAAUGUAUUUUCCAUAAGAGACACGGUAGUCUGGAAACUGGUCUGUCUGUUCUUGUCCCAUUUGUUUAUGCUGAACGACACUCCACAGUGAUGAAUCUGUACACUGGGAUUCUGUUUCUCAUGCACCCACCAGGGGCUGGAAUGAUGGUGGCAGUAACUCGUCUCAUGAAGGAGCUUUAUUUUGUUUAUUUAUUUGAAAAUGUACAGUAUUUAAAAGGCUGUUAACACUAAACUGGUGGAACAACCGUAUUUUUAUGCAGGUGAAAAUUUGGACUACUGAGGUCAAUUUCCAGAUUUUGGUUAAAAAACUGUCUUUUUUUUAAUGAUCAUUCUGGUUGUUUGAUAUGCAAUAUGUUUUGUAUGCCAGUAGUUCUUAAAUAAAACCUGAUCUUUCAUCUAGAUCCAAAACCA